AUGUUGACAACGCGGCAGCUGGUUCCCCCUUCUGUGGUACAUCUCGCAUGUCCUCUCCGUCUUGAAGAUGGAAGUACUGUUCUUCUCACUGCCACGGCCUCUUUCCUGCAUGUACGGCUGCCCGUUUGGAAGUUUGAUAGUAGUGGAAACGAGACCUGCGUCUUUGUUCCCACGAUGGAGGAGAUGCACAUUGGAGGCGUCGCAGUUGCUCUCGUGGCCUGCGCGCAUCAGUGCUUUGUGGUCCUUACACAGGACUGUGAUAUCUUAGUGGCGCGAUACCAGGCAAACUUGCCUGCUCCGCCUCAAUCAUGGCUUUGCAAUGAUGUACUACACCAUAGCAACGCGUGGAUUAUUCUGUAUCGUGGUAGGCUGUCUGCAGGCCAAACAGGCGGGUUUUCAAUGCUGGGUCUACGCUCGCUAUUCGCUCCUGGUGAGGAUGGGACGACAGUGCAGUGUAGCGUCCUGCGCGGCGUGCGACACACAUUAAUCAUUGAUAUUCCCAAUGAUGCAUCUGAUGCAUUUUUUCGUGAGAAGUGGGUCUUGAGCGUUCCUCAAAGUGUAGGACCGUUUUCCUAUAGUGUCGCCCCAUUUAAACGUGAUGUCAUGGAGCAAUCCGAUGAGGAACUGCUAUUACACUGUACGGUUGCAGAGUUGGCGAAACGGAAAUGUUUGCAGAAGCCCCCACCCAUUGAACAGCGGUAUGGUUUUCCACCUGUCUCUGUGACACUGCUUUCCCGCACCUCUGAUGAUCAUAUCUUGUCCAUGGCUUUGAUGCCAGCAACUCCACCCCAGGGACCUGAAAGCUUCGUCUUUGUUUUUCCCCAUCGGUCGUCCCUGAGUGUCUUUGGGUCUCUUUCGCGUUCUUCGCGUGGAAGGCUGUUGGAAAAUCUGACAGUAAGCGGUUCCCCGUAUUUGGUAUUAACUCUUCCUGAUCGUAUAUUGGUUCUCUCACUUGUGGGGUGUAUGCAUGUAUUGUUCGUUUUUGGCGUUAAUGCCACAUCACUGGGAACAGUUAUCAAUAUGGUAGGCAAUCACAGGACAAUGCGUGUUGCACGAAGCUUGAACCACCCAUGUGCUGCUGUGGUGCAGCAGGGCGAGGCGGGUGAGGUGCUUUGGAUGCUGCUGGAAAAUGGUCUUUUGGCAAGCCUUUCCAUUGAGGUCUUACGGUCAUGCAAUGAUGUCCCAAAUAUAUAUGAUGCACCCAACAUUCACUCCGGGGAUUGUGAGGAUGGCGAGUGGCCCAUUGCACAUAUUAGUGGAUUGCCGCACGGUUUCCGUGCUAUAUCAAUUGUGCCCUUUGAGCGUGGUUGUACAACACGGUUUCAGCCGCAUCCAGUGACGGAGCGUUACGUUCUGCUGGGUGACGGCGUCUCUGAUACGUACCUCGUUGAUCUUAUUGAACGACGCACCGUGGGCGGUUUGCUUUCCCAUGGUGCCAUGACAUCAGUCUGCACUGGCCCUGGCAUGGACCUUGUCGUGACAUAUUCGAAGGGCCUGCUGCGGCGGCUGUCGUCUGGUGUGGCAUCCCCAGUGCGAGUCCACGCAGCAUUUGCUGGCGUUCAUCAGAUGUACGCACUGUCCCACAUGAGCGUGUCGCAGCCAUCAAAUUUGACGUUUCAUUUUCUGGUGACCACCGCUGUUCGCACGGCUAUCUUGCGAGGGGCGGCGGGACACAUAGAGGAGUUGCAGGAUGUGGAGGGGUUUCUGUUGGAUGAGCCGACUCUUGCGGUGCAUUCGGCACCCCCAGAAGGCAAAGCUAUGUCGGCGGCGUCCUCGCCAUCAUUAUUGUUUGCACAGUGUACGCCUACGCGCCUCAAUCUUUCGGGGACACGCAAGUUUUUGGGUGAAAUUCUGCCCGGAGUGGAUCGCGCAUCGCAUGCAUGUUUUGCUGGGGACGAAUUUCUUGCUGUUGCCGAUUCACAACGUGUCUCAAUUCUUUCCAUUGCGUGUGGGAGCACUCCACGUGUCAUCGCGCAGAGGCAUUUGACGGGUGAUGUGUCACAUUUGGUCGCGUGGCGCAUGCCGGACUCUUGCGGGUGGCGCAUCGCAUCUUGUUUGUGGUCACACGAGAUUCUUGUAUGGAUUUUGGGUGAAGCUGGCACGAAAUACCACGUGUUGAAUGUCAACGCCGUUGUUUCGUCAAGUUUUUUACUACCAGAUGGUGGUGUGGGGCUAACCUUUAUCGACCGCACAGUCGCCGUGCUGCGUCAAGCCACGGUAGAAGGUCCUCCCACCCUUACGGCGAUGGCGAAUGCUGACUGUGGAGCCUUUCAGGCGGACAUCUGUCUCCCUGUGACGCUUUUUAAUGGGUGUGGUGUCAGCCCUCACUUCCAACUUGUGGCGGUUCAGGGCCUAAAGGUGGACUUGGUGGCGUUACGGUCUGCUGCAGUGGUUGAUGAGCAGCUGGGCAUCGCGUUAUCCCCUGCACCUUCACAUAGUUGGGAUGGCAUCCAGUCCAAUAGUAACAAAAAGAAAGAAGAGGGGCUCGCUCAUGCUCCGGAUGCUCUGCCGAUGCCACUUCGUUGUGGUUUUGUUUUGUACUUUACCACCGCAGCCUAUUACGUGCUGGUGAUGUCGGAUGGGAUGCACAUUACAGUUUGGUCCAUCCCAGAGUUACUUCCGCCCGAAGCAACGCAGGCGACUCCGUGUCGUCGAAGUGGUUCUCUGCAACGAGGCCCCGUGAAGUACCAAGAGACCCAUGCAUUACAGCUGCCUUUUAUCACGGCCUACGACCACAGACUGACCAAGGCCAUUUACCUGCCUCUCUCCAACACUCUUGUGGCACUUACAGACAGAGGGGAGGACACCUCAAUUGUUAGUGCCGUUGAUGCAGAGACUUUUUGUGUGAUUGAUGGCCUUCCGAUGGCAUUGAAGGAGAUUCCGAUAUGUCUCGAGUCACUCUCUGUUUCUGUGGAUGAUGCUGCUGUUGUUGGCACAGCGGUACAAUCGGCUGGAUCUGCGACUGAUCCCACGUCGGGGCGCCUUUUGGUUGUACAUGUGAAGCCGCUUCGCAUAUCUUCAGUGGCCUGCAUUACCACCGGUGGGGUGCUUGACAUUUCUGUGCAGGGAUGCGGUGACAAUCACCUCAUUGCGGUGGCCAGCAUGGAUCGUGUGCUAGUGUAUCGUCUUGCUGGGUUUACUCUUUCUCUUCUUUGCCAUUCUGAAACGAGGUCAGCAUGCACGACCGUGGCACUACGCUACCCGUUUCUUUCCUCUGGGUUGUAUGCGUGGGGGGCCCAAUACAUGAAGCUGUUACCCGAGGGCAGGACUGAAGAGGAUCUCAAUGCAUGGAAAACUGUUUCUAUUGGUCAGGAAGAGGAUAGUCGCGGCAAUAACCAGAGUAGUGGCAGCAAUGCAGACGAGAGUCGAUUGAGUGGUCUUCAGCAAGCUGAUUUGUCUUACUGGGUGCGUUGGCAUGGGGUCGGGUUGACGCUAAAGACCUGUGCACUGGAACCGACUGCGUUUGCUGGUGUUCAUUCACAAGCUGUUUACGGUGAUGAGGUGGCUCGUGUUGACGGUGAGCGGAAUCUCAUUACCGUUGCCUUUUUGGAUUCACCGGAGGCUAAGCUGGGAGAGGGGCCUGACACACGCGUCGUUGGCCUUGAAGGUGGCUACAGCAGUAUGCUGACACGCUGUCUGCGUCUGCCGUCGCGUCCAUUGCGAGUUCAGUUCAGCGCGCAGGGGUUGUCGCCUUGGCGAUUUCGCAACACUCCAUUCAUGGCUUGGUCUGAGCACCGCACUGCGAUGCGGCUUGUCGGUCCAAUGUUGCUGAUGCCGUGCGCUGAUGGUAGUCUGCAUUGUGCGGGUGAAAUUCCCAGCGCCUUUGCAAGUCCGCUGCUGCGAUUGGAGCAGCGCAUUACGGAGCUGUACGACACCACACUGAGCUUCUCUAGACACGGCGGCGAUGGUGGCUGUGGCGGUGGGUUGCAUCGAACGUACCACUCGGUCAGCUUUGAGGCGGAGGUAGCGGUGCAGAGUUUGACACGUGUGCUGCAUAAGCAGUCUUUCUUGUGUGUGGAUGCCAUUGAGGAGUUCUUUUUGUUGACGCGUCUCACCGAGAUGCCGGACCCGAUGCUGACAGCGGAGGGGCGCGAAUGGGUCACGCGCAAGAAGCAACUGAUGGAUGCACAUCUCAAACCCGUCUGGGAGGAGUACGCAGGGGAGCUGCAGGAUGUAGACGUGUGUGACAUGCUGCACCUCUGGUAA